GAAACUGGGGCAACUCCACAGUUGCAGAGCCUGCCCAGGAAAUGGAAUGGUUUGCCAUGGAGUCCACAGCCGCUUUGACAGCGAAAGGCAAUGGCUCAUGUGUUUGCCAUGAGGAGCAUUUCUUCGGAAGUGAUGAAGAGGGUCGAAUUACUUGCGUGGAUGGUGUGAACCCUGUGAUGCAGGUGCGUUCUCUCUUGAAGGCGGUGCUUGCAAGAAGUGCAGCCCUGGAACCUUUAGUCUUGCAGCCAGCGGGCAGCGCCACGUGCAGUGCCUGUCCAGCUGGAAAGUUUUCCACUGGUGCCACCUGCAAGAACUGUGAGAUCUUGGCUUUGGAUGUGGUCCUAGCGCUGAUUGCCUGGAUCGCGGCAGCUUGCUUGUGCUUCCUUUGUUUGACCGGCUUCGCAUAUGGAAUUCCUGUAGCCGAUGUUUCUGCACAAGGUGCGAAAUUGGUGGUGACUACCUCCCUGGCUCACUUCCUUUUGACGUGGGCACGCCCGGAGGUCACCUUCAGUGGCACAGGGGUGCCUGACUUGGAUUCGAAACGCUUCUCGGUGAAGCCUUUGAGCUCAUUUCAGCUGACGUUGUCAGCGUCUGAGUCGUCAUUGGACACCUCCAUGGGACACCUGCACGUGAAGUCCUUGCGGGGGUUUCUUGUGAUGGGUUUCUGGCGCUGUCCUCUCAUUGGCUGGUGCAUUCUCUUUCUGGGCGUUUUCUCAGCAAGCAUCAGCCAAAUCAGCUGGUCGUUAACCCUGGUGGUCUCCUCCCUCGGGAUGUGCACUGGCGCGUUGGCCUUCGCACUGAGACGGAGGUGGGGCUGCACUCUGUGA